AUGGUGAUCGGAAGAACCGGGAGACGGUAUCAGCAGCCAGAGAGGGAGCGCCCCCCCUCCCCAGCCUUCCUCUUCUUCCUGCUCCUCCUGCUCCUCCUCCUCCGCUACCUGCCGGCCACGGGGGCCUCCUCCUCCUCCUCCUCCUUCUCACCCAGCUGUCGGCAUCCGAGAGCAGACCGCAAACCCUUUGCCCACCUUGGCGGCGACUGUGCUGAUAGGCGCCCUUGCGAUCUGCGGGCCAAGCCUUGCACGCAGCUCGAGUGCGACGCCGGCAAGCGGGGCGGCCACUCGGGGCUUUUCCUUUCAGCAGCCUCUCCCGAUCCACCAGUCAAGCAGCAGCGGCGACGACGGGGCGGCAGGGAGCAGGCAGAGGCCGAAGGGGCGGCGGCGGCGGCGGCAAACCCGUGCGAGCGAUUCGAGCUCCUGUACCGUUUUUUGUUCCUGGUCUGGAGCCCUUUAGGGUUCCUCCUUCCCGGAAGGACUCCGGGCUUCCAGAUACCCCCGGACUGCUGUGGUGCUGGACGGUGCUUUUCCCCAACCGAAGCGAUUGGCGACCGGCGACCUUCUCCCGGCUCAUCGGAAUGGUUGUGCCCGUCACCACCGACCGAGGCUAAUGCUGCAGCACGGAGUUAUCAGCGGCGUGUCAGCUUUAAUCAAAACGAGGCUUUCUCUUGAAAAUGGUCCUUUCCAUCCGCCGUAAGGGACAGCUAAAGGCAGAGGCGAGGCGGCAGAAGACACUCCGUAGGCCCCGGUCGACCAGGGAACCAAAUCAAAUGACUUCCCCGUCGAAAAGAGCGUGAUCCUUGGACGGUGAUCCUGCGCUGGCUUUUCCCUCCGGAGAUUUCCCCAUCCCCUCCGGGGCCAAAGGCUGGGAAAAGAGGAGAGAGAAAAAAGCGCUUGGCCCGGCCUUUCCCCGCUUUCGCCUCUCCGCCCCUCCUUUCCGCCCCUUCUUUAGAGAGGCCGCUUCAUCAUGCCGGAUCACUCUGUCAAACAAGAUGUUCCGGCUCGUUUUUAUCCGUCCCGUUUUACAAGACGCCUCUCCCUCACCACCACCACUCCCCGGUCACCUCCCCAAGUCGUGAGGGCCGGGCUCAAGAGCGCUCGCCAAACAAACAACCUGGAGCGCCUGCUGG